GACUCCAGCACGCGACAUUCUGUCGUCGGAGACAUAGCUCGCAUCUGUGACGUGCCUGUCACGGCAAGCGAGUGGUCGAUCUUGUGUGGCAUUGUGUGCAGUUCAUUUUCGGCAUCGUAUGCAAAUUGACGAUCCUUACGCUUGCAUUGGACACCCCGUCAUCCGUCACUUUGGCGCGCUUUCACAUUUCCUUGAAGAACUUGGGCAGGAGUUGCCAUGCCCUGCCCGGGUUCUCACCGCCCGACAUCGAGCCAUCGGUGUCGAUGAGCGCGCGUGUCCGCUGCGCUCACCUGUGACGUUGGCUCAGACGUCGGAGCCGCAGGAGGAGGAUGGCUCCGCACGUUCGAGACGUAGUUGCAGCAGCCCCCUCCAUUGUUCGCCGUAUUCGCCGUCACCUGUUCGUAAACCUCUCACGUUGAACAGCAUUGGCUCUCAGAUUUUGUCGUCGAAUUUCAAAUAUCUUAAGACGGUUGACGGCUUCAUCAAACUGAUUCAUGUGGUGCUAUGUCUGUACUGUGGGAUGAGCAUGCUGUAUAGCUGCCACCCAACAGCGAUGAACAAUCAGAUGCUGCCAGCGCAUCUCUCCUGUACGUCGCGUCAGAUCAACUUCAUCCUGACGCACCUGUCCGCUUUCGUCCUGCACUCGGUUAUCCUGCUGUCGUAUUUGCUUUCACCACUCAGCAGCGUCUUACUACCGAGUACGAUCCUGGAACUUAUCGCAGGAUGCAUUUCGUUCACAUGUGGUCUAAGCUCUUCUAUCUUGUUAAUGUCUGCCAUGGCACUCCUUGAUCUGCCCGAUGCGAUGCUACACGACAGCCGGCUCAGCACUCAAAGUAUAGAGAAUACCUUAGCAACAUCGGCGCUGGGCAUCACAACUUCGUUGCUUUGUAUGGCGUGCAUUCUUCGCAAUUACAUAUCCCUCCGAAGAAACCUCAACUACGACCUUUUGCUCAAGCCCAUGGCUUAGCUGUUCUUCCAUCGAUUAGGGUGCGCCAACUUCUGAAUAUUCGAAUGUGUUUUCCCACGGUCCCUUCUGCUGCGAACCCCAAGCGCGGAAGUGUCGACUUCGGUGUUCGGUAGCAAUCGACAACGCAUUGUUCCAGGUUGAAUAUUUCAAUUUCUCGACAUCCCUGUCGUAAGUCACGAGGAGAACCGUCCACCCCGCCGCGAUAGGGGAGCCAGCACUGCGGAUUAUGUACGCGGCUAUUACGGAAUCAUUCCUGAUGAUGCGUUAUCGUUGCUACGCACCGAUGUAUAAAUUCGAGAGGUGCAUAUACAUAUUUGAGCAGAAGCGAAAAGGUGAUACUG